AUGCUCAACAAGAGGGCAAAGAAAAUGCGCAAAGCAGAUCCCACCUGCACCGUUCGUGGUCCUACCGAGGACGAGAAGUUCAAGUGGAGUGAGGCCGCUGCGCUCAUGGGUCGCCCUUACAAGAUGUUGGUAACCGAGCCGAUUGUCCUGUUCUUGUCGCUCCUCUCUGGUUUCAGCGACGCCCUGAUCUUCAGCUUCCUCGAAUCCUACGGAUAUGUCUUCGGUCCAGGAGGCUGGAACUUCACACCAAGCCAGCUUGGGUUUGCCUUAUUUGCUCUCUUCAUCGGCUACUGGCUUGCAUGGGUUAUAUACCUUCCUGUCAUCCGUCGGGACACUCAGAAGCGCAAGGCUGGCAAAGAAUUAAGUCCAGAGAGCCGCUUGUGGUUCCUGCAAUAUGUUGCCCUCGGCCUCGCUGUUGGCCUCCUUGGUUCUGCCCUCACCGUCCGAGGACCUCCACUGCCCUGGAUCGCCCCGCUCAUCUUCGCAGUCCUCAUUGGUUGUGCCAAUAUGGCCAUCUACUAUGCCACCAUUGACUACAUGGUCGCUGCAUACGGGGGCAAGUACUCGGCUUCGGCUACCGGAGGCAACGGAUUCUCGCGAGACGUUCUUGCUGGUAUUUGCUCCUUCUAUACUGGGCCCAUGUACCACAAACUCGGCAACGAGAAUGCGACAUGGCUUCUCUUCGGACUCUCGGUUCUCGUCAUCAUCCCGGUCUACUGGAUUUACCGCGAAGGACCUAAAAUUCGUGCUAAGAGCAAGUACGCAAGGGAGAUCGAACAGGAUCGCCUGAAGAACAAGGAGAUCGAAUUGGCACAGCAGCAUGGACGUGCCAGCUUAGUCCAUGCUGAUAUCAACGGAACAGCCCCAGUGUAG